AUGGAGAGUCAUGCGGAAUCGCCGGCGAGGGCGAAGCCGGACUCAUCGAACAUGCCAUGGGCAUACGAGCUUCGAUCGUCUGAAGGAUUCACUAUCUUUGCUGUCGCUGUUGCAAUGUUUGUGGACUCGUUUAUAUAUUCUAUGAUUAUUCCCAUUAUUCCGAAGGUUCUUGGCGGCCUUGGAAAUCUACCUGCUGACGAUGUCCAGACAUGGGUUGCUAUCUUACUUGCUGCAUAUGGUGCUACCUUGAUUCUUGGAUCACUUGCUUUUGGAUAUAUAUCGGACCACUCAAAUAAACGUAAGCCUGCGUUUUUCAUCUGCCUGAUAUCCAUGGCUGGUGCAGUGACUCUAUUUAUCCUUUCAAUUUCACCUCCGGUACUGGUCAUAGCUAGGCUUCUGCAAGGUCUUGCUGCAGGCGGUGUAUGGGUAGCUGGACUAGCCCUUAUUGCGAAUAGAGUGAGCAAGGAUCGAAUUGGAGAUGCCAUGGGCCAUACGACCUUAGGGAUGAAUUGGGGUGGUCUUCUUGGUCCAUUUACUGGUAUCAUUUAUGAUAAAUUCGGAUAUUACGCAUCAUUCGCAAUACCAUUGUCACUUCUUGCAUUAGAUGUAGCUCUGAGAUUUGCUAUCAUUGAAGGUCCUAAUUGUUCGGAGGCCCGCCCGACAAAUUGCUAUAAUACAUUCUCGGGAGACUCAUCCGAGACAACGCCUUGUCUCACGGACGACGAUGAAAACGAGGAUCGAGCCCUUCUUUCCAUGACUUUCCCAUACGUGGAUUCAGAGUCCCAGCAGCUAAAACGCAAGGAAUCAGAAUGUCGGCUGUCACCAAUGAUACAACUCCUACAAAACCCAAGAAUACUAGUUACGCUACUUGAGAUAGCUCUAGCAGCUUCUAUUCUCUCCGCCUUCGAGGCGACACUUCCGCUGUUCGUGAUAGAGCGAUUCGGCUGGGGCUCGGCCGGGGCAGGGAUGAUAUUCCUUUCUCUGACUGUCCCCAGUGCAGCGGGCCUUGUUGUUGGAAAGCUAGCCGAUAAAAUUGGCACCCGCUAUUUUGCACCACUAGCCUUCCUCCUAGCAGGACCUGCGAUCUUCCUCAUGCGCUAUGUGACUGGCCCCAGCACACUUAACGUCAUUCUCCUGGUUGGCCUUCUAAGCUUAACGGGUCUCUCUGUCGUAGUUAUUCAAAUAAUUACAAUGACCGAAGUGUUUCAUUCAGUCAACGAUGCUGAAGCAAAGAGCCCCGAGGCAUUUGGGCCAUAUGGCGCUAUUGCUCAAGCUUACGCGAUCUUGAAUAUAUCAUUUGCAUGCGGUCAGUUUGCAGGACCCUUGAUAGCGGGGAUGCUGAAGGAUGGAACUGGGUGGCAGGGUAUCUACACCUGCUGA